UCAGUUCAUCCGUAAGCCUAACAGUUGGCAGAAAGCUCUUCAAUAUGAAGUCGACUAUCUUUAUUUGCCUGCUUCUGGGACUGGCUUUAGGCCAUGUCAGUGCAAACUGCUCUGGAAAUUGCCCCGAUACUGAGGAUGUUGUUUGGGCUCUUGGUGGCAGUUGCAGUGUUUUCCGCAAUAAAUGCUACUUUGACAAGGAGAACUGCCUUCGCAAUCCAGCACUGACCAUCACAACUAAGGAGGAGUGUCAGAAACUAUGUGCCGAUAUUUGCCCCGAUGUCUACCAACCGACAAGUGGAACUUACAAGGGUCAACUUCGAAGAUUUGGAAAUGAAUGUGAAAAGCAGGCUCACUCUUGUAGGACAGGCGAGACUUUUUUGUAAAACCACUUAAACCAGGCAAGGAACCGAAAUCGAAACAAAUGAAAUUAAAAGAAAAUAUAUAUAUAACUUGAUUAGUAGUUGGAUACUUUCUUUUCACUUACCGGAAUUUAAUUAAUUAAAAUUGUUUUUCAUGGA